AUGGCUCGCAAUCCCAUCAACCUCGAGAGUGUCAUCUUUGAAGACUACCUCUCUGCUCAGGGGGCCAGUCUACCACAUCUCAACGAUGUAGAGCAAGUCACAGACCGGGUCGUCCGCAUCAUGGGCGGGAACCCGGGCACCAUGCAGCUGCAAGGCACCAACACGUAUCUCCUGGGGACCGGUCAAGACAGGAUCUUGAUCGACACCGGCGAGGGCAAAGCCGCCUGGUCCAAAAACAUCAUCAAAUUCAUCACCGAAAACCACCUCAAGAUCGCCUACGUGCUGCUCACACACUGGCACGGCGACCACACGGGCGGCAUCCCCGACCUCAUCGCCCACGACCCAGCCCUCGCAGACCGCAUCUACAAGCACAUGCCGGACCCGGGCCAACAGCCCAUCGCGGACCUCCAAGACUUCAAAGUGCAGGGCGCGACGGUGCGCGCCGUGCACACGCCGGGCCACGCCGUCGACCACAUGUGCUUCCUGCUCGACGAGGAGAACGCGCUGCUGACGGGCGACAACGUGCUGGGCCACGGCUUCAGCGUCGAGGAGGACCUCGGCGGCUACCUGCGCAGCCUGCACCGCAUGCGCGCCCUCGGCUGCGCCGUCGGCUACCCCGCCCACGGCGCCGCCAUCGGCAACUUGCCGGCCAAGAUGGACCAGUACAUCCGCCACAAGGAGGACCGCGAGCGCCAGAUCCUGCAGGUGCUGCGCAGCCUCGGCGUGCAGAAGAAGGGCGCCAAGGGCAGACACAGCGUCCCGAUUGACACGCUGAUCGAGCUGCUGCACGGAGAUCUGCCGCGCAGCAUGGUGAAGGCGGCGCUGGAGCCGUUCAUUUCGCAGGUCUUGUGGAAGCUGGCCGAGGAUAGGAAGGUGGGGUUUGAGUUGAAAAGGGGGAGGAGGCAGUGGUUUGUCAAGGAGCGGAUGAUGGUGGCAUAG